AUGUCCUCCUCUAACCUCGGUUCGGUUUCCGGCGCGGUCCGCUCUGUGCAUGUCUACAUCAACAUGUCCAACUACACCUUCACCUUGUCCAACGGCACACAAGCCAAGACGUGCAAACCUGCCAUGGGGUACGCCUUUGCGGGUGGAACUACCGAUGGCCCUGGUGCCUUUGAUUUCAAGCAAGGUACUACCAGCGGGAAUCCAUUCUGGGAUGUUGUCAAGGGCGCUGUCACACCACAGCCCAGUGCUGAACAAGCUGCAUGCCACGCACCCAAGCCAAUCUUGUUGAAUACUGGAGAGGCUACGUUCCCUUAUGACUGGCAACCCAAGAUUGUCAACGUCCAAAUGUUCCGAGUUGGGCAGCUUGUCAUGCUUUUGGUACCUGGAGAAUUCACCACUAUGGCUGGACGCAGAAUCCGAGAGGCAAUCAAAGCCAAGCUCGUUGCGCAAAAUAUCAUUGGCAACGAUGCUACAGUCGUGAUUGCUGGCCCGGCCAAUACGUAUGGACACUAUAUCACAACUCGCGAAGAAUAUGGAGUUCAGAGAUACGAGGGUGGAUCCACGAUUUAUGGACCAAACACGCUUGACGCAUAUAUCGACAUUUACUCCAACCUGGUCACAUACCUCUCGGACUCUUCCACCACAACUCCAUCCCCUGGAACACCACCUCCUGAUCUCACCGGCAACCCUCUUUCCCUCAGGACCGGUGUGGUCAUGGAUAAUGCCCCUAUUGGCUCGAAAUUCGGAAAAGUUCUGGCCCAGCCAUCUGGCUCAUACACCAAAGGCUCACAGGCUUCAGUCCGAUUCCAAGGAGCUACCCCACGCAACAACCUGAGAUUAGAACAAACGUUCCUCACUGUCGAACGCAAGGAUGGAAACAAUUGGGUGGUUUACAGGACCGACUCCCAUCCUUCGACAAAGUACAACUGGAAGCGCACUAAUGAGCUCCUGGGUUAUAGCGAGGUGACGAUUACGUGGGAUAUCGAAA